GAUCAAUCAACUCCACAUCAAAAGCCCAAGGCCCAAUAGGCCAGAACCCUCGUCAUCUUCCUCGUCCUUCCGAACACCCCCUGCGCCGCCGCCCACCCCUCAUCCCCGCGCCAUGCCGCCGCGUAAGCGCCCGGCGCCGCCGCCGGAAGAGCCCCGUCCUUCCUCGAAGCCUGCACCUGAUGCCAAGCCCUCCGAACCCACCAAAUCUGCCCCCGAUUCCGCGACGCCGACCAUCUCGGCGGCGGUCCUCGCCAAACUCCCGAACAUGGAGCGGCAGGUGUACACCCUAAUCUUCGAGGCGGGAAGCAAGGGCAUGUGGAUGCUCGACGUGCGCAAGCAGCUGACGAUAAGCCCCAACGUCGCCACCAAGGUGGUGCGCACCCUCGUGGGGCAUGGGCUCCUCAAGGAGGUCAGCGACGUGCGCCACCGCAGCAGGAAGAUCUUCAUGGCCACCGAUUUCCAGCCCUCUGACGAGAUCACCGGCGGCACCUGGUACCACGACGGCCGGCUCGACACCGACGCCGUGUCCGCCGUGCGCCGCCGUUGCCAAGCGCAGGUCGAGAAGCUCGGCGCAGCAACCGUGCAGAUGAUCCACCACGGCAUUUUGAGGGAUGACCCUAAGGCCGGGUACACCAUCGACAAGGUCAGGGAUAUCGUGAAGACCAUGGUGCUCGACAAGGUGCUCGAGGAGGUCAAGAGCACAGGCGAGGGGGACUUCGCGGCCGUCAGGAGCGGCACGAUAUGCUACCGUAUGGCUGGGGCUGCUCAGGGAGGGAUGAUGGAGGGGAUCCCGUGUGGGGUUUGCCCAAGAAUCGAUGAGUGCUCGCCGGAUGGGGUCAUUUCGCCGAGCACAUGCGUCUACUACAAGAAGUGGCUGGAAAUGGACUUCUAGGCAGUGACCAGUGAGCCCUCAUCGCUUUGCAUCAUGGUGGAGUCCAUUGAAGAAUUCAGUUUCUCAUUGUCCAAUUGGGGAUGUUGGUUCACACUCUGUUAUUGGAUUGCCAUGGUUCCAUUCUUUUGGUGGCUUCGGUGUCCAGUAUCAGAUUUCGGUGCUCAUAUCAAGAAUCAUUCUACAGUUAUAUCUACUUAGGCCUUUUAGCUUGGUAGUGUUUGAUAUGUAUUUAGUUGCAUCAAGUUUGGAUCUCUGUUCCAUUUUGAAAACCCAAAAUUCUUUGGCCACACAUUUUAGCUAUGAUAUUCAAGUUAUAGGUUGAGAAUGCACACCAAAAGUGUCCCUGUAUGACAACCAAAAGAUCAGCAUAGAUGCACCCUUUUUUAACGACUAGACGACUAGAUGUGCCUUCAUUCUAUUAAAUUUUCUAUGACCCUUAAAUUUACUGAAAUUGCAGUAUUUAAUUGAGUUAAGUGUUGAAGACCCCCAAUAACUGCAAGGAUAAGCAACAACAAUGUUCGGAUAUAGUAUGCGUGCUUCUCAAUCGAUUAGUUUGAUCCUGUAAAAUUUGACUGAAAUUUAAUCGGUCACAACUCAUAAGGUUUUCAUAUAUGCUAUGAUAUUCAAGUUAUAUGUUGAGAAUGCACACCCUGUAUGAUAACCAAAGGAUCAAUAUAGAUGCAACAUUUUCUAAUGACUAGAUGUGCCUUCAUUCUAUUAAACUUUCCAUGACCCUUAAAACUUAAAUUAACUGAAAUUACAGUAUUUAAUUGAGCUAAGUGUUGAAGACCCCCUAAUAACUGCAAGGAUAAGCAACAUACAACGUUCGGAUAUAGUAUGCGACUAUGCGUGUUUCUCAAUCAAUUAGUUUGAUCCUAUAAAAAUUGACUGAAAUUUAAUCUGUCGCAACUCAUAAGGUUUCAUAUAUGCCCAUGUUAUGUGCUAUUCCUGUAACUAAGGUGUUGCUUAUAUGUUAGCAAUUGGCUGCAUAAUAUAUAUCAGUUUUCUAAACACUACAGUGUAGUUGGUGGACCCCACCUAGAUUUACCACUUAGAUUGGCUUUAGACAGGCUUUUGGGUUGUAUUUUUUUGCCAAAUGAUCAAGCUGCUGUCGUUUAGUGCCAAAUUUGUGGAAUUGGGUUGGUCAGGUGCUUAUGUAUGUUCUGUAGAUAUUUAUGCUAGUAAUGUAAAGGCUUGAGUUGUAGUGUGACAGCAGGAGUGCUUGGAUGGACUGCGGAGGUGAAGUUUCUUGCUUUGGCCAAUAAUAUGGGACCAAGGACCUCAAUCUGGUGCCAAUGAUAAUAUGGGAUGCAGGAAUCAAACAACCUUAGUUUUCAUGAUCUAGCUGCGCCUGUUCCAAUUUAUUGUCCUUGUGCUUUGUUAUAUGAGCCUUCACUGUUUCACGGUCUCUUUGGAGAACUGAACAACAUUUCUAAGAGAGGGCUGGAUACAUAAAAUGCCUUGCAAA